CUUUCCCUCUCGGUUCUUUGGACCUUGGACCAGGAAAGGAUCUCAUCGCUCUCUCGCCCGCUCGCCCCUCCGCCCCCAUCUCUGUCCCGCUUGCCCUCCCGUUCCUCUGCACUGGCGUCUUGGCCUCGCAAGCCGGCUUCACCGACCUGCCAGACCCUACAGCCCGCAUCCACCAAAUCGAGCUCGGCGCUUGACACCAGCGCCGCAAAUCAGAGCCCAGGCCCCGCGCCGACUUCAAGCCCGUCCACAGCGUCUUUGACGGACUCGAAGGAGCCCUGCGUCGCUCUGCAUCAUCGGCUCCCUCUUGCAGCGCCCUGACUCUCCCCCCUUAUCCCUCGUUGAUUCACCAUGGUCCUCGUUGUUCUCAUCUUCCUGGCCAUCCUCUGUCCUCUGCUCACGCUGUUGCUGGGACUGCACCUGGUUGCCUCCAAGGCCACCGAGUCGCCCACAAGCCCGCUCAUUCCGCUGCCGGGUCUAAUCAUGGCCACACUGGGCCAGAACGUGGGCGCACUGAUCAUCAUCACGGUGCAGCAGAUCUACGGCGAGACCAUCUUUUUUGAUGUCAUCAGCCAGGCUGCCGGCUCUUCCUCCUCGGCCAGCGCGCUGUCGCCAAACUCGGCAUGGAUCGUCAAGCUAUGCAACUUUUCGGCUGGCUGGAACUCGUUCACGGGCCUGGCCUCGUACUGCAACGCCUUCCUCCUGGGCGUGAUGCUCUACUAUGCAAGCGCCCCUCACUGCCUGUUCAAUCGAGCCCUCAUCCGAUACCGCCUGAUGUCGUGGGCGCUGUAUCUGAUCAUGGUGGCUCUGCCUGUCCUGGGAUCCAUCUGGUUCUGGGUCAAUCCCGGCCAGUGGCAGGGCCAGCCGACGUUCGGACACUGCUCUAUCAGCCUGGACAGCUACGGGCCCCUCUACGCCAUGCUCGUUCACGACACCAUCAUCCUCAUUUGUGGAUUCUUUGGAUUCCUGGCCGCAACCCUCACUCUCGUAAAGAUCAUCCAGAACCGCCAGGACCUCGCCAAGCUAUACCAACACGUCCCUCGAGCCCACAGCCAUCUCCUGAUCCGGCUGAUGAUAAUCAGCUUGACCAUGGGCUUCUUCGGCAUGCCCUACGCCGUUUACAAUAUCUACGAUACCCUCACCAGCCUCUCGGUGAUCGGCCAGCGUCCCAAGCCGCUCACCUACGAUAACUCCCUGUCGGCAUCCCUCACCCUCUACGUGAUCAUGGUCCUCGGCUAUCUGCUGCUUGUCGUCUUUGGCACAACAGAGCGACUUUGUGACCUCUACACACGCUGCUUUGCCAGGAUGACGGCGUGCAUGUUGCCCGAAAGGAAGAAGCGCCGAAACGACCACCUUCCGAGUCACCUUGAAUCUUGCGAAUCGACUGCAACUGACACGGGCCCCACCAUCACCACCUGGACCUCUGCCAGUGUGUCCAAGGACGCCAUCUGAACAGGAUAACGCCGACUUGCACGCUCUUGCCGCCCAGGAGCCUUGCUGGACACCACGUCAAAACACAUCCACGAAAACAAAAAGUAUCAACAAAAGGACAUUCAAAAGCCACGCCGACAUACCUGCAUUCUCUCGCUCUGCAUCCGCUGACUGCUCCCACCUCCGCACGCCUGCUUUAUCUAGCGAUUCCCUCAUUUGCCUCCCUUCACCGCACGUCACCUCCAUCAGCCAUACACUGGCCACACUGUUUUUCAUUGCAUUUGAAUCUUGAAACAGGAUACUGUCUUGUCUUGAUGUUUGAUGGACCCGUGUCAUGUCACUGGCGGCUGAUACCUUGAGCAACGCCAAGGGCAACUUGUAGGCUAUCGUAUCGAGGGAGUGGGAGGGGGACCCGCGACAGGGGGGGGGCAAGAGCAGCAGAG